CUGAUUGGUUGAGAAACCCUACAUCACUGCCGCUUCCCUUCCUUCCAUCUCUUCGAUCGCGGCCAUAGUGGGGACAGCACUGUGGACAAAAUGUCGUCCCACAAGACGUUCAAGAUCAAGCGCUUCCUUGCUAAGAAGCAGAAGCAGAACAGGCCGAUCCCUCAGUGGAUCCGAAUGAAGACUGGGAAUAAGAUCAGGUACAAUUCCAAGAGGAGACACUGGAGGAGGACAAAGCUUGGCCUGUAAACCUACCACUGCCCACCCACCCCGCCGUCCCCAUCGACCAUCCUUCAGGACCCUCUGCUGGGCCGGGCUCCGGGGAGGAGGCAGUGUUCGCUGGAUCAACAGUCUUUAUGUACAAAUACUCUGGAUAUGGUUGUGUUUGACAAUAAAAAAUGUCUGACUCAG